AUGGCUGGUGGUUUCGGCAUCCAAAGCGGCGGCGUUCCCAAGCAUUAUCCUGGGAAAGUCACGGCUUACAUUCUCAUCACAUGCAUCGCCGCCGCCAUGGGCGGGCUGAUAUUUGCAUAUGACAUCGGUAUUUCAGGCAGCGUGACGUUCAUGCCUCCAUUCCUGAGGAGGUUCUUCCCUGCCGUGUACCAGAAGGAGGCGCUGGACAAGUCGACGAACCAAUACUGCAAGUUCGACAACUUCACGCUGACGAUGUUCACAUCGUCGCUCUACUUGGCGGCGCUCGUGGCUUCGUUGGGUGCAUCCAAGGUGACGAGGAGCUUGGGUCGAAGGUGGUCCAUGUUGCUGGGCGGCACCAUUUUCCUCUACGGCGCUCUCAUAAAUGCUGCCGCCCAGAACAUCGUCAUGCUGAUCAUUGGCCGGAUUCUGCUCAGUGUCGGAGUCGGCUUCACCAUUAAGUCCGUGCUGCUCUACGUGUCAGAGAUGGCGCCAUACAAGCACCACGGCACGCUCAACGUGCUCUUCCAUCUGUCCAUCGCGGUGGGCAACCUGUGCGAUGCUUUGUCUUAUGUGGCAUGA